CGCGGAGGGGCGAGGCCCGGCUGCAGGGGCCGCUCGGCCCAGAAGGAGCCCGCGCCCCGCUCAGCCUUGCAGCCCCGCGCCCUGAGCAUCUCCCGGGAGGAACGGAGACAAAGGAGGAUUCAUGUCCAAAGGGCUGCCAGACACCAGGACGGACGCAGCCAUGUCAGAGCUGGUGCCUGAGCCCAGGCCGAAGCCGGCGGUGCCCAUGAAGCCCGUCAGCAUCAACUCCAACCUGCUGGGCUACAUUGGCAUCGACACCAUCAUCGAACAGAUGCGGAAGAAGACCAUGAAGACCGGGUUCGACUUCAACAUCAUGGUCGUCGGUCAGAGUGGGCUGGGCAAGUCGACGCUGGUCAACACGCUCUUCAAAUCCCAAGUGAGCCGCAAGGCCUCCAGCUGGAACCGGGAGGAGAAGAUCCCCAAGACAGUGGAGAUCAAGGCCAUCGGGCACGUGAUCGAGGAAGGCGGAGUCAAAAUGAAGCUGACCGUCAUCGACACCCCGGGCUUCGGAGACCAGAUCAAUAACGAAAACUGCUGGGAGCCCAUCGAGAAGUACAUCAACGAGCAGUACGAGAAGUUCCUCAAGGAGGAGGUGAACAUCGCCAGGAAAAAACGCAUCCCUGACACCCGUGUCCACUGCUGCCUCUACUUCAUCUCCCCCACGGGACACUCCCUGCGACCUCUCGACCUGGAGUUCAUGAAGCACCUCAGCAAAGUCGUGAACAUCGUCCCCGUCAUCGCUAAGGCUGACACCAUGACCCUGGAGGAGAAGUCCGAAUUCAAGCAAAGGGUUCGCAAGGAGCUGGAAGUGAAUGGCAUCGAAUUCUACCCCCAGAAGGAAUUUGAUGAGGAUUUGGAGGACAAGACGGAGAAUGACAAAAUCCGGCAGGAGAGCAUGCCCUUUGCCGUGGUGGGGAGCGACAAGGAGUACCAAGUGAACGGCAAGCGGGUCCUCGGCCGAAAAACUCCCUGGGGGAUCAUUGAAGUGGAAAACCUCAACCACUGUGAGUUUGCCCUUCUCCGAGACUUCGUCAUCAGGACCCACCUCCAGGACCUCAAGGAAGUGACACACAACAUCCACUACGAGACCUACCGGGCCAAGCGGCUCAAUGACAACGGAGGCCUCCCCCCGGGAGAAGGCCUCCUGGGCUCUGUCCUUCCACCUGUGCCAGCCACCCCCUGCCCCACUGCUGAAUGAAGGCCAUUUCAAGCGCUGCUUCUCCCUCCAUUCCUCCCAGCUGUUAUUGCUGCAGGGCCAUGGCCCUUUAAGGGCCCACCUCCGCAGCCCGUCUGGGCCCUCAGCAGGUGGGAGGGGCCAGUUGCUUUAGGACAGCCGCCUUCUCCAUGUCUCCCAACACUCCUCUCCUCCCAGUGGAAUGGAGUUCUCGCCAGCACUGCCCUCCUCCAUCGUCUGUGUCAGCUGGUCCCAGCCUGUCUGUAGGGCGAAAGAACUCAUCAAGAGCUCCUUCUGCCCUUGCAAACCCAUGCCCGCUACUCGUACCCAUCUCCAAGGGAAAUGGCACUGCUCCCUGUCCAUCUGCAUGAGCUACUUUUGGCUUUCUUUAAAAGGUCAAGGAAGCCACUUUUCUGCUUGUCAGAUUCGUUGACAUCAGCUGUGUGAGCCCAGAUGUGGGACAAGGGUGUCUCCUUCGUUGCUUAAAGCUUAGUUGUGAGGAUGGGUGACUCCAGAUGUAGGGAAGCAAGGGCUAGGGUCUCUCCUUUAAAACCACCGCUUUGGGCUGGCCCAGAGUGUGGACACGCCCUCUCUCUCCCAACAAUACAGCCUCUCAGGAAGAGUGGUUUCCCCGAAGAGACAUUUCUGGAGUUGACUUCUUUAUCUCCAAUCUUUAAAAAAGGCACUAAACACAGAUACAAAACUCCAGAGACCCAUGAGAUGUGAACGCUAGGAAGAAAAAAAAAGCACCCAUCUGUCUACUCAGCAAUAAGAGGGAUCUCUUCCCACCCACCCUGACUAUCCCCACCCCCACCCCACUCCACCCUGUUAAUGUGAGGAAUGAGUACGCCUGGCCGUAGCUGGUCGCCUGUAGGCUAGUGGAAAAUACCCAACGGAGGGCAGAGGCCCUCAUCAGAUGCAUGAAUGUUUGCGAAUGUCGGCUGCCACUGCCCCACACACCGUGUCUAGAGAACCCCCUGCCCCCCCUGCCCAUCUCCGCCCGGACACAACUUGCUCAAAGGCUGGUGACUUGCGGGCCAUGCGUCUACGAUCAAGUCCUGAUGGAGCAAGAGGCCCAAGCCUAGGGGAUGCAAGAACAACCCAUUUCUUAAAUAUUGUCAGUCCCAGCCAACCUUUUGGUGACAUUAUGGUUUAAUUUCCCAACUGAAAACAAGCCAAUGACACUCAAACCGGUUGUGUAAAUGUCGCUAGACUUUAUGUGUUGUACAACUAAACAUUGCUGU